GUCAUGAUUUGUUUUUAGCAUAUUCGUCGUUAGGAGUAAAUCAAACAAAAUUCGAAAUUUCUCAAAAAUCGAGGUAGCUGAAAAUUCGGUAAUGGCAACUAGAGGGAAUAAGUGGCUACUCCGCUUGCCCAAAUAUCCGCCGCGAUAUUCCACGACUCGUGUCAUCAAUCCGUCGAAUCGAGCGAUGGGCACGAAUGACGACGCAAAUCGGAAUCCGGACUCCGACGGAGAUCGCAAUCAGCCCACCAAAUAUGCCACACUCUGCUGGCACGUCAGCUUGGUCAUAUUGAUUAGCACGAUGAUUCUGGCCCUCGUGUGGACGGUCUAUCUGAGCGUCGACUAUUACUCGUGCACCCAGGAGGCUCGUUUCGAGAAGCUGAGACACGACCUUCUGGCGCGCGAGCGACUGCGGCGCGUGGGCGGCAAAUUGAAAUUGAGCGAUUUCGAGGAAAUGGCCAACGGACGCCUGCUGGCGAUCAAGCAGGUGGACGAAGAACUGCAUAAUAUCUGGAGUGAUUAUCAGCCACGUCCGCACUUCCUAGCCAAGUACAAAAUCAACGAGACCGAUCUCUACAGUGUGCUACGCGCGAUGCCCAAGGGGGGACUACUGCAUGUUCACGAUGCUGGCAUGUUCAAGACGGACCGCCUCAUCGAGCUCACGAAGUACUCGGACUUGUGGGCCUGUGUGGCCCUCGAUGGUACGUUUGAGGACUUCCGCUUCUCUAAGAGCUUUCCCCAUAUUCAACCCCGAGGCGAUUACAAAUGCAAUUGGAUGAUGAUGAGCAACUUCAGGCAGCAGGACGAGAACAUCGCCCUGAAGAAGUUGCGCGACAGCCUGUCUAUCGAUCCGAAUGGCUUCACUAGCGCCACUGACUUGGCCAAUCACAUGAGACGGGCGCAUCGUCUCAUUCUCGGCCUGAUCUCAUAUCGCCCCAUGUGGCCCACCUAUCUUAUAUCGAUGCUCGAGGAUUUCUACGCCGAUGGUGUCAGCUAUGUCGAGCUACGCUCCUCGCUGCCCAUUAUGUACGAUCUACUUGGUUCGAACUAUACCAUUUCGGAUACGGUCAAUACUAUUAUCACCACCACGAAUAUCUUCCGUUCCGAACACGAAGACUUCAUUGGCAUGAAGUUGAUCUAUGCACCUUUGCGGGACCACAAUGACAGCAAUCUGGACACAUAUAUUGCCAAUGCACGAUUUUUGAAGGCGAAUUUUCCCAGCUAUUUCAUUGGUUUCGAUCUGAUCAAUUUGGGAGACGAGUGCGCUAUGCCGCCGCUAGGAGAUUCCCUACAGCUGCUGCACAUCAGCAAAGAAAUCGACUUUUAUUUCCAUGCGGGAGAGUCGCGUUGCGUGAACUCCACCAAAGACAGUACGCCCGAUGCCAAUAUAGUGGAUGCUUUGCUGCUGGGCAGCAAGCGAAUGGGCAAUCCGUUCAAUCUGCCAUUGCAUUCGGAAAUAUUGAAGGUCAUGCGAUUGCUGAAGGUGGCCGCCGAGGUGUGUCCACUGUCCAAUUACUAUAUGCAGUAUGUGAGCGAUUUCAGUCAGCAUCCGGCGGCGUAUCUGAUUGCCGCCGGCUAUCCCAUUGUGGUGGGUUCGGAUUAUCCGUAUUUCUGGAAUGCGGCGCCUCUGACCGAUGAUUUCUAUGUGGCCUUCGUGGGCAUUGCCAAUGGUCAGGCCAAUCUGCGUCUACUGAAGCAGCUGGCCAUGAAUUCGUUUAUGUACAGCGCCCUGAGCGAGGCCGAGAAGCGUAAGGCUCUGUCGAUUUGGGAACAUAAUUGGGAUCAGUGGAUCGCGGGCAUCGUGCGCCUAGUCUAA